AUGCGACCUUUAAAGCAGCUCGAUGCCAAGCUCGUUGAAAAGAUAGAUCUGUCGCCUACACCAACAGACUAUGCAGACGAAACCUAUGACGCGAUCAAAAGAAUGGUCACUGGUUGUGGCCUGGAAGAUGUCGGCAAUAGCUAUUUGCUAGCGACGUCUAUGAAGAGAGAAGACUACGGUACGAUGGAGCAGUAUAUCAAUGCUUUUCGACAAGCCGUAAAGAAGGCAAACCGUGUUGAUGGUACGUAUAUCCAACCUCUAGCUGUAACGCUGUUGAUGCUACGAGGAAUCCAAAACAAACUCCCUAUGUGGGUGACUACUUCCCAUAGGCGACCUGAGCCAGGAAAGAUGACAGAGAUUGAACUUCUCGAGCUCUGUGAGAAGGCAAUAGCUCCUUCAUCAUCACGAUCUGCGACGCAAUCUUCCCCCAAUGCUGCCCUUGAGGUCGCUGUCUUAAGGGAGCGACUGCAGGCGUCCCAAAACGCCCUUGCAGCAAGAACGGGAAGGACGACAGCGCGAACAGUCAUUUAUGCGUAUACGCUAUUUGAACGAUGGCAAACUGCUCAACCACCCUGGGAUCGAAAAUCGGAGGAUACCCGUCCAGCUAUCCGACGCGUGGGUAUAAGGACUGGUCGAUAUGAGACCUUACAGACUUAUGCUUCAUCCUCAGAGAUACCUAUUAUGCCAGGAGAUCUACUGGACCGGUUUAAGGAGAAAUGCUUGAUGGAGAGAAGAAUCUUGAAUCCUGUGAAGCUUUCUCGCUUCCCUCUUGGAGCCGGAUCAGCAGCACAGGCAAAUAUGAGGCCCGUACGAUGGAUCUUCACAACAGCAGUACUCACGAUUGCAUCGACUGAAGGAAGCAAUGAAGCCAAUCGCGAGGGCGCGCUGUAG